AUGGAACCUCAUGGAACCUCAUGGAACCUCAUGGAACCUCAUGGAACCUCAUGGAAUCCCAUGGAACCUCAUAGAAUCCCAUGGAACCUCAUGGAACCUCAUGGAACCUCAUGGAACAUCAUGGAACAUCAUGGAAUCCCAUGGAACCUCAUGGAACAUCAUGGAAUCCCAUAG